GUCAGGCACCACGCGCCACUCCGCGAGCCUCGCCGGCUCUUCCGGCCUGCGGUUCCUCCGUUUCGCCUUCCCGACCCCCUCCGACCCCCGGCGACCCCCGCGACCAAAGAGCGAGGGAUGAAAAGCCGUAGUGCAUCGAGACCGCGCUUCUCCCAAGAGGACGAGCAGGAAAGACGAAAAGCGACGCAGCCUCAGCCGAAUUAAGAGGAUUCGUCGAGCCGGAGGAACGGGAGACCUGCGAGGAUUAAAAUGCCGAAAGAAGAGCGAAAUCGUCCGGCGAAGAACCCAUAUCCCUGAUGGAGGUAUAUGCCAGAGGACCCGGGGUGAUCGAGGAUAACCAUCCUCGUUUCUGAAGGCGGUCUCGAGUCCCGGUGAAUCCUUAUCUCGAAGUACUCCCAUGGGCCGGGGGUGUCCAUGAGAGCGCGCCUCCGCAGGGUGGAAGGCCUACAAAUGAUUUUCUGACGAUCCCUUCACCCCCGCCGCCAAGAUCCGGUCUCCUGCAACCCUUGUGCUCCGUUCCUCGGGGAGAGCCAUUUCACCCGAUUAAAAGUUACAAAAUCAAAUCACUCCGUCCGAUUCCACGCUCGACGAGAUGGACGACGAGGAUACGGAGGACGUCCGCGAGACGGUGACCCUGGUCAACAAGUUCGUCAAGAAAACCGCGUCGAAGCGGCUGAUCGAGAGUGAGAGCAUUCGUCGCAAUUCCGCCGGCGAAUCGGACACCGUGGAAUGCGCCUCGGAUAACGAGGUGGAAAACAUCCCGAAGGACGAGGACCCAGCCUCCUCGAUCGUAGAGGACCCUGGAGACAGGUUGUCGGCUCUGGGAAGCAGCGGGAGCAGCGUCGAUCUUCCGGCCCCGGAGACGUCGGUCGCCACUCUGGAGGUGCACUCGGCAACGGGGGAUGCCCUCGAGUCAACGAGAAAACACAGAACCGUCACCAAGAUCCACGUCUACGGGAGUUCCGGGACCAUCGAGGAGACUCGCACGAAGACGGGGACGAGAGUCGGCCUCUUCAUGUCCAGCAACAGGAGUCCCCAGUCCAGCUCGAGCCAGGAGGAGUACGAACCCGAGGUGAAGAGCAUCCCCAGGAAGCACCUCCUCGCCGCGAGCACCAGCCAGGUGACCACCAGGUCCAUGGAGUCGCUGCGCACCACCAGAAACUACCUGAGCGCCGACGACCGCCACAGCGAGGACUCCAAAUCCCUGGAAUCGCUGUCGUCCUCCUCGGAGACGCACGCUGCCUCCAAGACCCAUUAUCGGAGUUUCUUGACCGCGUCCAGGAACGACGUGCGGCGGAUCGUCACCUUGGAAUCCAGUCGUAGCAGCGAAAAUUUGCAUCGCGAGGAGAGCCUGAACGCCGAGAUCAGACGCGGCCUGUUCGCCAACACCGGCCUCGAGAGAAAGCUGCCUCAACAUCUGAGCCUGCCACCUGCCACGGGGAUUUUCUCCCUCACCAGUCCUGGAGGCAGCGACAGGAAAAUCACCAUCCUGAGCCCCCACUCGCCGAUACAGGCCCCAGACUUUCAGCAGCUGACUGCCCAGACCCUCAGAACCAGGAGGAACAAGGCCAUCGUUCUGCCGAGGUUGGUCCUGCCUCAAAGUGAAUCCGAUGUCUUCUUACCCUUCGACGCCGAGAAUGGCUCCUCGACGCUGGACGGCGGCGCGGGCGGAGGCGGCGGGGCGUCGCCGAGCGCGGGGCUGGUCCUCCAGGCGCUGCCCCAGAGGAGGGAAAGCUUCCUCUACAGAAGCGACAGCGACUUCGAGAUGUCACCGAAGUCGACGUCGCGGAACAGCUCCAUCGCCAGCGAGAGGUUCAAAGAGACAGAGCCGCCUGUCGAGCGAGCGAUAUUUACCGAUCAAUACAGUCAUGGAGAGGACCUCAUCGUCACACCCUUCGCGCAAAUACUUGCUUCUCUACAGCUGGUCCGAAAUAACUUCCAGGCUCUCACCAAUGUACCGGCGAACAAGUCGCGAAGGAGUAGCGGCGCCCAGGGAAGCAGUACGCCACAGCCGCGGAUCCUGGCUCCUGGAGAGGAAACCUACGUCAAACUGGCCGUGGACACGAUGGAAGAGCUAGAUUGGUGCUUGGACCAAUUGGAGACCAUUCAGACGCAUCGAUCGGUGUCCGACAUGGCGUCCCUCAAGUUCAAGCGGAUGCUGAACAAGGAGCUGUCACACUUCUCCGAGUCCUCCAAGUCCGGGAAUCAGAUCUCCGAGUACAUCUGCAGUACCUUCCUGGACAAACAGCAGGAGAUCGAUCUGCCAUCUCUGCGCAUCAAAGAUGCCGUGGGUGGAACCGCAGGUGUCGAUGCGAGGACCGCGAAGAAGAAGGACCGGGUGCAGAGAGGUCCUGCCGCUAUGUCGCACAUAAGCGGCGUUAAACGGCCAUUGACGCACACGAACAGCUUCACCGGUGAACGAGUACCUCUACACGGAGUCGAGACCCCCCACGAAGAGGAGCUGGGCAAGCUCCUCUCCGACAUCGACAAGUGGGGCGUGGACAUCUUCAGGAUAGGGGAACUGAGCAACAACCGACCGCUCACCUGCGUGGCGUACACAGUCUUCCAGAGUCGCGAUCUGCUCAAAUCUCUGGCGAUCACGCCGAAGACGUUCGUUACUUUCAUGAUGACCCUGGAGGAUCACUACGUGAAGGACAAUCCCUUUCACAACAGCCUGCACGCGGCCGACGUGACGCAAUCUACGCACAUCCUGCUCAACACGCCCGCCCUCGAGUCCGUGUUCACGCCGUUGGAGAUCACGGCUGCCCUGUUCGCCGCCACCAUCCACGACGUCGACCAUCCCGGGCUCACGAAUCAGUACCUCAUAAACUCAAGUUCGGAGCUGGCCCUGAUGUACAACGACGAGUCCGUGCUGGAGAACCAUCACCUGGCGGUAGCGUUCAAGCUCCUUCAGAACGAAGGAUGCGACAUAUUCGUUAGCUUGACGAAGAAGCAGCGCCUGACGCUGCGGAAAAUGGUGAUCGACAUGGUGUUGUCAACGGACAUGUCGAAGCACAUGACCCUGCUGGCGGACUUGAAGACCAUGGUGGAGGCGAAGAAGGUCGCGGGUUCGGGAGUCCUGCUCCUCGACAACUACACGGACAGGAUCCAAGUGCUGGAGAACCUGGUACACUGCGCGGAUCUGUCGAACCCGACCAAACCGCUGCCUCUGUACCGCCGGUGGGUGGCUCUGCUAAUGGAGGAGUUCUUCCUCCAGGGCGACAGGGAAAGGGAGCAGAACAUGGACAUCAGCCCCAUGUGCGAUCGACUCAGCGCGACCAUCGAGAAAUCGCAGGUCGGCUUCAUCGACUACAUCGUCCACCCCCUGUGGGAGACGUGGGCCGACCUGGUGCAUCCAGACGCCCAGGAAAUCCUAGACACCCUGGAGGAGAACCGCAGCUGGUACAAGUCCAUGAUCCCGCCGUCUCCCCCCGCCGAGGACCAGCAAGCCAACGACCAGCAGUCGGACAGGAUCCACUUCCAGGUGACCCUGGAGGAGGGCGACGAGUCCGGCGACGUCGGGGACAUCGGCGACGCCGGGGACCCCGGCGAAGGCGACGGCACCCCCGGCGUAGAGGGCGGCGAGGCCGACGAGGGAGCCGGGGAAGCUGGGAUGUGACGGAGGCUGGCCGUCAUCUGCAAGAAGUUUCACGAGAAGGUGCAGCAGACUUGGUGGCGAGUUCGUCAGUGACACCAAAGUCCUCUCCGUUCCGGUGUCCCGGUCGGUAACCCGCGGGGUGGAUGGUGCCUCCCGACGGGCACCCGAGCUGACCCCUGAUCGCGAGCGGACGCAACUCCCCGGGGGCUCUGGAACACGAGGUGGAGCCCAGGGUUACGCCUUCCCGGCUCGGCUGGACCGGGUUCGAGGUGAAGAGACGCGACCCGAGGGGUCCGUUGAUCGCGCGUCGACGCCCUCGUCCAAGGAACUCGACGAAGGAACUCGAGCUGGAGAAGAAAUCUCACGAUGUACCUGUGUCUCGACGAGCGCAGCUUUUGGAACGCCGCAGCGGACGAGGUCCCUGGGACCGGCCGAGAGAACGUAUCGAUUCGACGAGACGGGCCGGGCGCGCCCGACAGGCAAUCGGUCGAGGACCUCCCGUGUCGAUUUGGACCUCGGCUGGCCGUCCCGGCGCCGUUUGUCGGUCAAUCGCGGCGAGAGGUCAUCCUUGUCCUGGCGGACACGGAUCGUUCAAUGACAUAUCACUGGUUAGAGGUACAACGUCGGCACGGCGAGAGCGGGAACGGGCAAGGGAGGACGAGCGAUCGGGAGGUAAACGGGGAGGAGGAUCGAUUGUUCCGACCUGGCGAGGUGCGAUAUUUCACGGACGCGUGAUCCAUUUUACAACGUCAACUUUUUAUCAUUUCCCGCGUGUAAAGUCCGACGCGCGGCGGACACUUGUAUAGGCGCGACCACGGAGUCGCGAGCAAACGGGGUGAACUUGAAUUCUACCAUGAGCUUAUUAAUCGACUGUUUCUCUUAAAUCGUAGUCGCUGCGCAAUUGUCGGCGUACGUAAGACCGCUGUGUUCGUCGAUGUCGGGACUUUCCUUGCCCGCCGAAACGGGGAGCGUUCGAGAGUCGAUCCCCUCGGUUUUUAGUUUCUGGACGAUCGGUCUCGAGGCGAAGGUCGUGGAUUCGAGGAAGACGAGAAUGGCCGGUUGGGAAAGAGCGAGGCGAGUCGACGAGGCCGCAAGGAGAACCGAGAUUCCAUACGUUUCCUUAUGCUUGGUUUUCCGAUUAACUCGAUUAGUACCUUACGGUAGAUGAGAAUACCUAUCUUGAAUGUAAGAUUUUGUCUCGAUCGCUUAUUAGGGUCUAGCGCUAUAAUUAAAAGAAAUCCCGACAAGUAGCAUCGCAAAUCGGAAGGAUCUCUCGUAACGAAACGCGCGCGGAAGUUAGUCGAGCAAGACGUUACAUCCCGCCGACACCGAAGACACUCACGCAACAAACGCGACACCCCCACGCGCGCGCGCCCGCGUACCAUGGGAUUAAUGGGAGGAAUUAAUUUUAAUGCGCGACCAAGCGAGAGCUGGCCUUUUCGGUCGGUAUUAAAAUUAAUUCGCGAUCGAAUCACGCUUUCUCCGCCCGAAUAAUGUAACGCGGUUCCACGACGAGGGCAGCUAGAGGUGGGAGGAACCGCGAAUCUAAUUAGUAAUUGUUUUUAACCAAAGAAUAAUGUUAGUUACGUACCGUAAGCGAUCAUCGAGAGCGCCCCGACACCCGGUAACCAUCGCCAAUGGUCCAUUUCGCAGCUUGUAACGACGAUAGCGGGUAGACCUUUUAGGAACUUGUAUAAGUCGAUGUGCUGACACCCUAUUCGCUUGAAUGUCUCUCCAUGAGCCGCUCAAAUCACGAGUCGUCGACUAAACGAGCUCUCGCAACGAUCGUUCCUGUGGCGCUCGCGAACGAGUCUUUCGAGGAGGUCGUCCUGCCCUCGGCAAUGGUUCUCGACCGUUAAGUAUUUUUACAAACGAGCGCGACGCCGCUGCCGAGCUUUCGUUAAAGAGUCUUCGUCGAAUACCUCGUCGCGACAUCGGUUUACGAGGACACGAAUGUCCUCGUUGGCUGCCUUUGGCUCGAGGGGGCAAAGUAUCCCAAAGAGGGUUACGGUCGACCGACGUCGUCGUUAAGGGGGGCUUUCGUUUCGGCGACGCGUUCGCGAUUUCUAGUCCGAAGACUGCCUGCUUGGAAGAUUCGCCGGCGAGUCGCAAGCUCUAAAAGUCCCUAAACUAAGUAGAGUUAAAUCAGCGAGCCGAAACGGUACCGGAAGAUCAGCCUUGCUGGACAAAGCGUCUCGACAAAUGACGGGUAUAAAGCGUCGAAAUGGAGUACAGGGGAGAGAAACGGAGAGUGAGAGCGAGGAAAAGAUCCGUGUAAUGUAUCUAAGUCUAAUGUAAUCGUCCUACUACCACGAGAAAUCUGUAUCUGUGUUGUAGCAUUGAUUCUAGUAAGUGUUUGGUGCUGGCCACCAAGUUUAGGGUUAUUAUGAUAACGAAUACGAGUAACGUUAAGACGAGUAACUUAAAAAAUUAAAAAAAAAAAACAACAAAAACGAAGACGUAGCGCGUAAGUCAACGAGGUUGUAAGAGACGCUCGGGAAAAACGAGAGAGGGAGAGAGAGAGAGAAGGACGUGUCCUGAUCGCUUCGGCGGUACAGUGACAUCGUUUGUACAAAUCAAAUAUCAACUGGUGUACCUUCGCGUUGAGCUUGGUACGGCGGAAAUACCAUUUGUUUUAAUAUUAAGAAAGUGUUCAAGAACGAUUAAGGGAGAGGGCUUUCGGAGGGCGUACGAGACGCGGAAUCGAUAGCCAGUGUUGUCGAUUACGUCGGAACGUAAUUCUUUCGCAACCUUGAAGUCGCAAAUCGGAAUUCGUGAGGUCGAUCGGAAAAUAUUAAUUUCUCAUCUAAUUGUUUCAAUGCUCGUAAUUCUUAGUAGUGACUUUUACAGCAGGCCGAUAGGCCGUACUUUUUAGCGUUUCACCGCGUCUUUGACCCGUAAACUGUAGUCGCGGUGUAAUCGACAACGCUGGCAAAGAAGGGGAAAGAAACGAGAGAAACCGAACCCGCCGUUGAAUAUAUAAGGAGGAAGAUUCGUUUGCGUGAUAGUGAAAAAUUGCCAAAUAUAUCGGGAAUCACCGAAAGGGUUGAAACUCUUGUCCAUUCCCUGCGACGAGUUUCAUUAAAUAUCCGUUCGAUUAAAUCGCGUUCGCGUUGGAAAAAUCGAUUUAAAACUUACCGAUUGUCUUCCCUGAAAUCGAGACCUCGGAUCUCCAAUGUCAAACUUGCAAUUAUUUCACUGAAUAUUAUGGGAACUCUAGGUGAUUAUUUCCCGAAAUCCAUUGAAUAUGCUUUGGGCAUUUUUACUUGAGAAAAUUAAGUUUGGGGAGAAUUUUAAAUCCGACUCCACGGAAACUUAUCGAUUGGUUCGUAUCGUGAAUUCACCGAAGAAAGGUCCCUUCCGAGAACCGAGCAAAAGUCGCGAAACUCAAUGUUGCCAAUAAAUAACGCGUCGUCGAUCUUGAUCCUUAUUUGUUCAACGGCACGGCGCAGGGAAGAUUUAAUAACCGAUUACCCUUGUCGAAGGAUCUCGCGCACACGCAAGUAUCACACGCAAGAGAACCCUCCGUUCGCAUCUAACAUACCACGUACACCCUACAUACACGCGUACAUUACGCAGUUUGUCAAUUGUUCGCUGCAGCACUGAUUCCGGCGCGUUAAAGUAACACUUUCUUUUCCCGAGAAAGAGACUCUCUCAUCGCUUAGGGAUUGCUCUAACGACGUUUUCCUUUUUCCAGUACGACAAUUGCGACGACUUAACGAGAUGUGUAUUAAUUAAACAAAACGACAAAAAAACAAAUGUGUUUGAUUGCUGGACAGUUAAAAGAACAUGUAUUAAUAUCGUGUAACCCUCGUAUGAGAUAUAUGUGUAAUAAAAGCAUAUUUAUUGUCGGA